UGGAUUUCUGCAAGUGUUUCGCCUUAUCUUAUCGGUCAGUGUUUUGAGGUGUUUUCCACUGAUAAGCAACGAUCGUGGCGCGAUCAAUUGAAGGCAGCCUCUCGACCAGGAGCGCCUCCCAAAGAAGCGCGAACAGCCGAAGUUGGGGAGAUACAAAAACAACCUGCAAAAACCAUGUGACUCUGGGUAAAAUUGUGUGACUGGAUGGCUCUAUUCCGACGCGAUCAUAACUCAUAAGUGGUUAUAUCUGUGUGGCCAAUGCGAUGAGUGUGAGUGCCUUGGAGGUGUAAUUCAAGCUUCGACCGCUUCAUGCUCAUUGUUUCUCGAACCACGAAAGCACCAGCAGUGCCAUACUCGGUCUAAAAUAUCUGUUUGCAGUCCGUAACCACACCGAAUUUACUUUCUUCCUCUCUGGCCCGUGAUUACGCAACGCAGUGCAACCACGAAGAGUUAUCCGACUGAGGAGCCGCCGCGGACACGCUGAGCCGCCGCAGAAGUGACUUGCAGGUUAAUCUUGUGAUACACGGUCCUUGAUAGUGUUGUGAUAGUGAGAAAGAAAAAAACCGUCAUCUCUAUGUGGAUUAUCACGUGAUUUCGGAGAAAAAAUGUGUCGCUGCCUGCAAUCAAUAUGGGAGGAUUUCUACUGGCACUGUAUUGAGGAAAAGUUCUGCUAUGACGAGAGCAUCGCUCAUUACAAUCCAGAUGAAGAUGAGUAUAUCGUGGCGGGAAAGGCGAAAAAUGGCAUGGUAGCGGAAGCCAAUGCGGACAACAACAACCCACCAAUUUGCGCCCAACCAAUGCGAAUUCAGCGCAAUUGCUCAACAAUAAGCUCUAAAAUCCACGAGGAUGAUUUUCAUCGUGAUAUCCAAACGAAUGUUCCAGUUUUGGCACCGGAAAUUUUGGCCGUGUUCCGAAACUCACAAAUUUUUCAUGAGCAUUCACAGAAAAUAAGUAAGAAUCUUUCUGCAAAGCCAACAUUUAUCACACACCAACAAUCGACCACACAACACAAUAUCACAAAAGUUCAACAAGAGCAAAAAACCGAUGCUGAGGAAAAGCUUUUGUCGCGCCUGGAAGAUGACGAGAAAGGUGAGGCUGAAGAGUUACCAAAAUUGGGUGCAGUGAGCAUCAGGAAGUUCUCCUCAAUAGCUGAGGAGGAUGAGUUUGUCUUUGAGGAUCGCACGCAGAGAGCGCCGAGGUUUCUGGUGCCGCCAGAGCGACCGCGAAGCUUGAAGCAUGUGCAGAGCGUUCCUCAUUUGCCCAUCAGACCCAGCAGCGAGACUGACAUCUUCACCAUUACAUCGUCCUACAGUCAGAUCAGUAUGACGCCGGAAAUUCCGUCAAUCUCCUUCACCACAUUACCCAAGAACUACGCCGACACGCCCUCAAUCGAGAUGUACCGCGAGUCGCAGAGUCUUCAGUCCAUCCAGACGGCGAAUUGCAUGCGAACUAAGGCAUUUGACUUCUCCAUGCCGCGCUACUUCCGCCACUCUGAACUGUAUCCGCAGGCCAGCGAUCCGCCCACGCAGACGGGCAGCGUGGAGAGCAUCCUGAAGAGGAGCACGUCCACGCAGAACCUCAGCCACAUGGAGAAGAGCAAGAGACUCAAGGCACUGCGAGGAGCGCUGCCGCCUCUGCUCAUCGCCAUGGACAAAGAGAAGCACUGAGAAGAGCUUCUGCACUCACUCGUCAAUGUUACCGUUUGCAAGAAAUACAAUCCAAUACUUUAUCACUGGUAGUAUGAAAGACAGAACUCAGAAUAAAUAUACACUAUUGUUUAUUGUUGAA